AUGAAAAUCGGAGGAGGCGGUGAAGGAUGGUGCUUGGAGGAGGCGAUGAAUAAGAUGCACAAGGAGAAAUAUGAGGGUGGUUUGGAAAAUGUUGGAAUGGAGCUGGGGAAGAGGAAAGUUAAAGGCUACUUUAAUAAUGAGAUCUUGUUCCUGACUAUCAUUGUUGAACUGGGAGUCGUUGGGGUUUCUCUUGUGGACCAUAGACCAAAAGAGCUUGCGUACUUUUACCUGGAGAGGGUUUAUGUAUCUUAUUCAACUGGUUAUGAUAGUGGGACCACAAGCAGGUUCAAGCUGAUACUCGACCAUCUAAAGCUUGACAACCAACUUCCUUUGACAUAUAUGCAUGUGCUUUUGGCACCUGAAGAAGCCUCUGAUAUGAAUCACCCUGUUUUCAAAAUGACAAUUACAGCAUGUUAUGAGACCCCUGAUGGUAUCCAGGUCUACCCAUACGUCUACAUACGGUUAAGUGCAGAUAUGGAGAAGGCAUUACUUCAACAAGUAAUGAGUCUGACACCAGAUCAAGUUAAUAAGCUACCAUCUGAUCAAAGAAACCAAGUGCUUCAACUUCAGCAGAUGUGGACAUUGGACCAAACAAAGAGGAACGCGCCCUUCAAUUUAAGAUCUGCUUCCAAGUUUGUGGAUUGGACUUUGAGUCGGGUUGUGAAAGCAUCAGUGGCAUUUAAAGUUAGUGGAUGGAAAUGUUUGAGGGAUGUUACAAUCAAGUUCGAAAAGGAUCUUACAAAGUGGCCAGAAAUACAUGAUAAACUUGUUCUCUCAACUGUAAAGAUACCUUAUUUAAGAACAUCAGUAUUGAAGACAGUUCACACAAGAGUAAUUGACACCUCUCUUGUAUUCAAAUAUUGGAGUGGCUCCAAUUUCAGUUCCUCUGUCCUGGAAAUAGGAAGCGAUCUGGUGUACUCAAUUGAACGCCUUUGCGAAGAGAAUGAUGCGGUUAUUUUAGCAGUGGGGGCAACAAAGCCACGAGACCUCCCUGUUCCUGGACGCGAGCUCUCAAGUGUGCAUUUUGCAAUGGAAUUUCCACAUGCGAAUAAUAAAAGCUUAUUGGAUAGCAAUCUUGAAGAUGGAAACUAUAUGAGAGGAACCAAACGUAGUGCAUUGUACUCUCAUUUAUUUUCUAACUAUAACAAUAUACUUCCAUUUUCUUAA